AUGAGAUGCAAAAUCCAGUUGCCCUGUGAACAGGGGCAUGGAAAGCAAAGGACAAGCUGUCACCAAGGCCGGUUGCGAAGGGCCUGCAGCUGCUGCAGGGAGCUGUUUCAAGCCUCCCCCUCAUGUGACUCCAUCACUGGCAAGCCCCCCAGAUGGAGGUUCUGGCAGAGGAGGAACCGGAUUGAGCCCACUCUGGCUCCUCCUCCAACUGUGGCUCCUCCGCCAACUCCGGUUCCUCCGCCAACUCCACAAGGGGGCUCCCAGGCAUCUUCGGGAGUCACCAUCGAAUUGAGCCCUGCAGCAGAGAAGAUAAGAGAACGAGAUAAGGUCAUCCUCUGGUGGACAACCUUGCUGAAUUCCAUUGUGGAGAGAGUGCAUGACGCUGAGUCCUGGUGGGAGUAUCCAGUGGAAUUCGACAAGGAGAUAAUGGAGGAUGUUACAGCGCAUCCGGACCCUGGCUCCUUCUUCAGGAAAACCCUGGACACCGUGACACUGCUCAGGAAAAUGAAGACGCCGUUGCCCCAAGCGCUCCGGUCGGCAGUGCUGCACGUGGCGGUGUCCGGGGCCAACUACCUGGAGCCAGGGACCCAGAAUGAGACCUUUCACUGUCUCCAAAGGAUGCUUAGGGGGUAGCUGGAGGAGGCCCCCUCGGCUCACAACUUGGCCAGCAUCUUGAAGGAGCUCUGCAGGUACAUCAGUGCUAAGGAGCCCCAACUGAAGGCUCUGGGCCAGGAAGCCUGCAACUGCAUUCUGAGCCAUGCUGCCAGCCUGCCAAGUUUUGAUAUGACAACACUGAAGGAUCCUUUGCCAAAAGAAAUAAAGAGCAGCAUCC